AUGCCUCAGAUACAACCACCUAAACUUCAACUUACAACUUUUGAGGGGACUGACCCACUGGAUUGGCUCUUUCAGGCAGAGCAAGCGCUGAAGGCUCGGAAGUUAACACCAAUAUUUGUGGGUCCUUAUCAGAUCAUACACCGGGUAGGUCCAGUUGCCUAUCGGUUGGCUUUGCCACCGUCCCUUUCAAACCUGCACGAUGUGUUUCAUGUCUCCCAGCUGAGAAAGUACGUCCAUGACCCGAGUCAUGUGGUGGAGCUAGAUGAUGUACAGGUGAAGGAGAAUUUGACGUAUGAGAAGUUGCCAGUAGCUGUGGUUGAUCAUAAGUUGAAAGAGUUGAGAGGCAAGUUCAUUCCUCUGGUAAAGGUGCUGUGGGAUGCAGCUACUGGUGAGGCUACUUGGGAGGUUGAGUAG